AUGAUCAGGGCUUGGCGUUUCAGAGUGCAACUACACAGGAUCUACCCUUACGCGAUUACCAAACUUGGGACUUACUAUAAGUAUAUCCUCGCAGAUGAAGAUGUCUCGUUCAGACUAAAUGUUACGCGCUGUACGCAAUUCCGCAUCAUCGAACCUCUGAAUAGUCGUCUUUUCUUGGACUUCAAAAGCAUCCAUGAAAUCCCUCGCAGGCACUGGCGUGACCUCAAAUAUCCCAUAGAUACAAUGGGAGUGGUCUUCAACAUGGAAGCCUAUCUCGAUGCCCCUUCCGGACCAAGGAUGGAGUUUUACAUAAGGGACAACAUACAGGUGAUUGUGGCCCUUAAGAUGUGGAGAGUCUGGAAAUUUAUCCGUUAUUUUGGUCCUCCUGAAAUAUGGCUUGAGACCGAAGGUGGAUUUGCGGACUUCAGGUUCAAUCCGCGUUUUCCCGAGGUUGAGGAAUUCAGGCAGUCUCUACUAAACAGCGACCCUUAUGUUCAGAAAUAUGGGGUUGAAGGUCUCGUGUAA